AUGAUACUAAAAUUCUUGAUUCUGCUUCGUCUUGGGAACCGCGUAACAAACUUCUUACCUGUUAAGAGGGAUGACCGAAUAGGGGAUGAAAUUGGGGCUAUUUUCUGGAACUCCAGUGGAGCCAAGUACAUCCGUCGCGGUCUCUAUCGAUUUCCCCUCAUCAGUGAAUUUUUGAUAGCCUUCUCCCUACUUCGCCUUGACAACUGA